CAAAAUCGUCACAGAACGCAAUCGAGCGUCGUUUGGAAAGAGUGCAAGAGAUCAAUAAUAAAAUGAGAACUUUCUACGUAUUUGCUCUGUUGUUGGUGGCAUCACAGGCCGUGGAAUUGGACAAGCCAGAGCAACAGCUUCCCGACAAGCUUCCCGUGCAUAUUCAAACACUGAUAACGAAUCACAUCAAUCAUGUGCUGCAGACGACAACGACGACGACACAAAAACCGCAUGGACAGACGGCCACAGUAUUAACUGGCCACGUGCCACAGUUGCAAGGCGAGGGAAAAGGAAAAUCUACAAUCGCUGUGCCGCAUUUGGAUUUGCUGCCGCCACAUGUUGAGCAGCCAAAGACAGUGCCGCAGGUGAUAAAUCAUACAGCAACUGGCACAUGGCAGCAGUAUGCAGCUCCUGUUGCCGGCCAUAACAAAGUGGUGAUGCCGCCGGUAUCACAGAUUGUGGUCACAGUGCCCGGCAAGCAGCCGCAACUGCACAAUGUUGGCGACAAGGUCAACCAGCUACACCAGAAAGUGAGCUAUAUAAUGCAACAGGCCGAGAAGCAUAUUCCCCUGGCCAUCAAUCAGGCGAUCAGCGAGCGCGAGAAGCUCAACGCACAGAAGGAGAAGCAAAAGCAAAAAGAGACGCAACACAGCAGCAGCAGCACAUCGACUACCUCAGCGCCAGAGCACCACAAGCUGCGUUUGAUUUCAUCGGAGGAGGUGCAAGUGCCUGAGUUGACUGAGGCGCAACGCGAUCUCCAGGAACUGGGCAAAUGCAACUACAAUUGUCCCGAGAAGGCGCUUCCCGUUUGUGCCUCCAAUGGCAAAUGUGUCGUCGAGUUUCCCGGUCAGUGUGAGCUAAGCCAAUGGAAUUGCUUCAACACCAAAAAUGUGUUCAGCCAAGUGCAUGAUGACGAGUGCCGGAACACGAUCAGAUGCUAUGAGCGUGAUAUGCAGUAAGCAGAUACUCAAGGAGAGGUCUAGAGAGAUGGAGAAACUGAGAUAGAAAUAUAGAAAACUGUAUUAAUGAAUUUACAAUUAAAUUUUUAAUAAAU